GUUUGGAAUAAUAUUUAAUGAAAUUAGUCAUUGUUCUAGUAUUAGCCUUUGGAUUAGCAGCUUGUGUACCACCAAUUCCAGGUAGUCCAGAUGGCUUUGUAUUCAGCUCACCAAGUAAUAAGCUUGCUAGACUAGAUAUUUAUGAAGAUUUGUUGUGUCCUGAUUGCAAGAACUUUGAACCUGCUUUCAAGAACUUCUUGAACACUUAUAAAGUAGAUGGUGACGUACCUAUUACUGAUUUGGUGGAAGUUGUCAUUCAUCUUUUCCCAUUACCUUAUCACCAUCACGCAUUUUAUCCAGCUCAACUUGGUGCCUUCAUUGCUGAUAAAAACCAAAAUCAUACAGAAUACUUCCAAUUCUCCGACUGGAUCUUUGACCACCAGGAGGAGUUUAAUGCUGGAUCUGUAGAAUUGAAUGAACCUCAAGUUAAAGCUAAACUUUGUGCUGAAGCUUCUGCUGAUUUAUCUUUCUUGAAUGAACAAGAAUGCCUUGAUGAAUUCAAUUCAAAUGCUCAUAACACUGACGCUAGGAUCUCAUGGAAAAUUGCUGCUUACUAUGGUGUAAGCGAAACUCCCACCACAUUCCUCAAUGGAGUUCAAGUAGACUCCCCACUCACCACACAAGGAUGGAUCGACCUUGUUGUUCCAUAUGUAAAAUCAGAGAAUACUUCUUCUUAAAAGGCGCCUUAAAAUGAUCAAACAGACUAGAUUAGGCCUGAUCUAUCCUAUUAUUGCUAAAUCUUAACAUAAUUCUUU